AUGAACUCUGCUUCCUCUGGCGUGUGCCCGUCGGCACAGGAUGCCGCGUCGGAGGGGCUGCAGAGUUUCAUGACAGAGCUAAGCCGCCUCGAGGCUGCGUCGCGCUCACGUCUCCAGGAGCUGACCCACGCAAAGUCGACGGAACAGGGGUUGAGCGAGCACCUGGCGGCCGUCACGUUUGCCGCACAGAAGGCGCGAUAUGCAAGGCUGCAGGUGGAGCUAGACGCCGCCGCGACGCAGGUCAGGACAGAAGAGGCAAGGCGCGAGAGCGCAGAGGAGCGACAACGACUAAGCCAUCUCGUUGCUCAGCUGGAGCGCGUUAACGCGCUCAGCAGAUCUGUCGAAAACCAGAAGAAAGAGGACCAGGGUGGAGACUGUCUUGGCAUUUCGUGUGACGCCACCGUAGGCAACGGAGAGCUGUGGCGCUCACUAACCUGCAUUCAUCAACAUCCGCGGCUCUCGCACCUUUUCCUCACUCCUCUUGUGCGGCUUUUCACAAAACUUGGUGCUCAGUACACCGCAUCUCUCGGCGAUACGCACUUAGGGGAUCAGGCGGUGCCUGCGCUGCACUCACUGUGGUCCUUGGAUGCCUUUCAGGUGUGGCUGCACGAGCGCGCCUGUGGUACCCUUGCGGAUGACGACAUGCUGGCUCUUUCGUUCAUCGCGAAUGUGGCUGAUGCCACCUUGUCGUCAGAUUAG